CUGUAACAGAGAUAGGACAAAACAAGAAGAACGAAAAUGGCACAGACGCAAGAAAAUCGUGUCUACCUUUUUCGUUUACAAAUUCUCAUCAUAGAUGGAGGUCUCCUUGUUCUAAGAAAUAUAAUUGACCAGACUCUUACUACUCAAGGCGUAACUCUAAGUGCUUGUUUGAAUCAAGAAAGAUCAACAAUUACACGUUUGAAAAGCCGAGGCAUCAUAACACAGGAACAAUAUGAUAUAUUGUUUCCAAUAGGUGGACAUGUCCCAACUACGUCAGAAAUGGACCUUACGCUAAUCAUUUUUCUUCUAAGAAGCUUGAGGUGUUUUGGACUGAAUAAGAAAUUUGACUGGAAGGCAAAGCCUAUAUCAACCGAUGUAUCAAUUGAGGCAGAUAUUUGUCGCUUGAAGGCUCAUCGAAAUGAAAUAAGCCAUAAAGUACAAACGACUGAUAUACAAGCAAAUGACUUUGUAACUUUGUGGAAUGACAUCGAGCAGAUACUUGUUCGACUAAGUUCUCCAGCUCUGAAUAUUCAGCAAACAUUUGCCGAUUACAAAACCUGCCCUCUAGAUCCAAAAGAAGAGAAAAGGGUUCAAGAAGAAAUAAAAAAGUGGAAGGACUGUGAAGCCGAUUUUGAUCGACUAAAAGAAGAGAUGACAGAUGUAAAAGUAAGGGUUACUGAAGAAGAGAAAAAUCAAGAGGAGAUCAAAAGACGACUAGAUGAAGAUAAAAAUAAUGAAGGUGUCUCCUCUAUGCUGACAGAGGAGGAUAAAUAUCAAAAACGCAAAAAGGGUAAGUAA